CCGGACUAUAAGAUUUUUUCAGUGUGCUAUUUGGAAAAUUUAAUUAUGAUCACGAUCAGCUUACUAUUGGUGGCUAGUUGUUUGGUGUCUGAAGGAUAUACUUCCAUAGCGCCAUUCUCGUGUGUUCCUGGUGAUUCCGAGUGCUUCAUCAAAGCAAACACACGCGUCGCGCUCUCCUACUUGGGCGAUGGCAUCCCCGAACUCGGCGUCGACUCCUUGGAGCCAAUGUACUUGAGAAAUAUCACCAUGGAUCAAGGAUACUUUAAAUUGGUAUUCCCAAAUAUGAAGUUAGUAGGCGCUAAGAACUGCAAGAUUGAUGAUAUACAGUUAAGUUUUGCGCAGUCUACUAUUUCUGUAACAUAUGACUGUCCGUUUGAAUCUACUGGCAAAUACAAGUUCAGCGGAAAAAUGUUCUUCUUCGACGUCAACCACUCAGGAGAUUAUGUUGUUAAAUCAGAUUGCUUCAGAACAACGAUCGUCUCAAAGAUCGAUACAAUCUACGGAUCUGACGGCAACCGUUAUUGGAACUUAGUCGCUUCUAACUACUUCUUCGAGCCCGUGGAACCACUCCACAUUGACCUCGGAAAAUUCUACGUUGGUGAAAUAACCAAAGAAUCUCCGUUCUUCACUGUCGCAAGCAAUAGAUGGUGGCCGAUGGUGGCCAAAAUGUCUGAGCCGACCCUAACCGCUGCAGUCGAACGUUUCCAUAGCGUUCUUAAAUCGUUCUUCCUCCGCAUGCCUCUAGAGGAACUUUCUAAGUAAAUUAUAUUAAAAAAAUUAAAUAACUAAUUUUAAAACAUCAGUUACAUUUUUCUUUCAUUUAGUGUAUUAUAGCAUCCUACAAUAUUUUUGUUUUUCAUAAAUCGAAUGUAAAGACAGAUAGUAAUAAAAAAUGUUUUGUA